AUGGACGACCUGAAGGUGACGUUGCUGUCCUCUCCAGCCCCAGACGCCUCUACUCUCUCGGAUGAGUCCUCACCACCUCGUCGAUCUUCUCGCAUCCGCGAUUUCAAACUGCGUGGUCGUCAUUCCCUCCCCAAGUGGAUGUACCCUCCAGAAGGCGAGACUCAUCGACUCAAAGUACCCCCACACUCGAUCCAAGCCACCCGCGAUCUCCUGGAGAUCCCGAAGGAGCAUCUAGGCGAAUGGCCGUCCACUGCUAUCUGUGGCAACGAUAUCCUGGCCAGUGUGCUCUAUUCAUCGGGUAUUGUGGCCGCAAAAGCCGGCAAACUCACUCCUUUGGCCCAAACCUUCGUGGCCUUUGUGCUCUACCUCUUCCGCUCCAUUUACGAGGAAGCAGUGACCGCCAUCCCCUUGAAUGGAGGCUCUUAUAAUGUCUUACUCAAUACGACAUCCAAGAGAACAGCAGCUGUGGCCGCCACGCUUGGCAUCAUCUCGUACUUAGCCACAGGGGUGGUCUCCGGCACCUCUGCAUUGCGAUAUCUCGACACCCAAGUGGACGUGAGUGUCGUGCCCGGCACAGUGGCGCUGCUCUUUGUGUUUGCAAUGCUUUCCAUCAUUGGCAUCGCCGAGAGUGCAACCGUAGCGUUGAUAAUUUUUAUCGCUCAUGUGUUCACAUUGACGCUCUUGAGCGGAUUCUCACUCUACUACGCAGUGCACAAUCCAGAUAUUUUCUGGCAGAAUAUGAGGACGGAUUUUCCCGAUGUCAAUGUGGCUGGAGAUGUGAUCAAGGGGAAUGUGUUAACGGGGAUUUUCUAUGGAUAUUCGUCCGCCAUGCUGGGGAUCACGGGGUUUGAGACCUCAGCGCAAUUUGUUGAGGAACAAGCACCCGGGGUUUUCAGAAAAACUCUGCGGAAUAUGUGGAUAUUCGCCACUUUCUACAACUUGUUACUAUCCUUUUUAACACUCGCUGUGCUACCGUUGGAAGGACCUGGGGGGAUCUACAGUGACAAGGAUGUGGUGCUGGCAAUGAUGGGACGUAUGGCAGCUGGCAAGUGGCUGGAGAGUUGGGUAUCCAUUGACGCCUUUGUGGUGCUGGCUGGAGGCGUUCUGACGUCCUAUGUAGGCAUCACGGGUCUUGUGCGUCGGUUGGCAUUCGAUCGCGUGCUUCCGGCUUUUCUAACACGCACCAACAAGUGGAGAGGCACGAACCACUACAUUAUCCUGCUCUUCUUCGCGCUACAAGCCAGUCUAGUGAUCUUACUACAUGCUGAUGCCACAGUUUUGGCUGGCGUAUUCACAUUCGCGUUCCUCGGAGUCAUGGCACUCUUCGCCUUUGGCUGUAUGCUGCUCAAGUUGAAGCGUGAAGAUAUUCCACGUGACGUCCACGCUCCGUGGUGGAGCUGUAUCUUUGGACUGGCUAUGGUUCUACUUGGACUUCUGGGAAAUCUUCUGGGAGAUCCAGCGAUCUUCACGUACUUCGCUCUCUACUUCGUCGUUUUCGCCUCGACGAUGUUCGUCAUGCUGGAGCGCGUCUUCAUUCUGCGUAUCUUGCUGUACAUUAUGCAACAACUCUUCCCGUCUAGCAGUGCUCGCGACGGCGCAGUUGAAGAUAUUGAGGUAGCCAAGUCUCAAGGCAAAGAAAAGAGCGGAUCUCGGACUGGAGCUAAAGGUGGACGCACGAUUACUGCCGUGCUGCAAGAGAUCCACCUUCCCCCGAUUGUGUUUUUCCUCAAGACGCCAGACCUGCCGCUGCUUAACAAGGCGAUUCUCUACGUUCGGAAGAACGAGCAGACGCACAAUUUACACGUCGUACACGUGAGUGAAGACGCUAAUCUAGACGAAGAUGACAGUGCUGAAGUGACCGAAGCUGAUGUGCAACGACGGCAGCUUGAACGAGAGAAUGUGGAGGAUAUGCGUGAAAUGACUCGCGUGUUCGACCUCACGUAUCCGAAAAUUAAGAUCGACUUUGUGCACGUUUGCGGCUCAAGUUUUGAUACUGCGCUCGUCCACUGGCUGUCGGACCAAUUACAGGUUAAACCCAACAUGAUGUUCAUCCGGCAGCCUGGCACCAAGCACAUUCAUCAGGUAGCUGCCCUCGGUGUAAGAGUCAUUACUGGCUAG